AUGGAUGAAAUUAAGGAUUCAGAAUACUUCCAAGAAACGCCAUAUACAGAAAUCAAGUCCUUCUUCGAUUCAUCUCCUCCUCUGAAGGAUGUUUUUGAAAUCAACAGAAAAUUAGAAGAAUUUAUGGAAAGGAAUUAUUCAUCAUCAGAGAACAAAAGAACUAGAAGGGUGGUUUGCAUUACAUCUGGGGGUACAACUGUUCCUUUGGAGCAACGAUGUGUUCGUUACAUUGACAACUUCAGCUCAGGUCAUAGAGGAGCUGCAUCCACUGAAUACUUUUUGAAGGCUGGAUAUUCUGUAAUAUUUCUCUAUCGGAGGGGAACCUGCCAGCCAUAUUGUAGGUCGCUUCCGGAUGAUCCAUUGCUUGAAUGUUUUGAAAUUACUGAUAAAUCAAAUAUUGGAGUGAAUCCGGCACACUCUGAAGCGGUGAAGAAAGCAGUCAGUGAACAUCAUUCUGCAGUUAUCGAAGGCAGUUUGUUGAAACUUCCCUUUACAACAAUUUUCGAGUAUCUUCAGAUUUUACAGUUGAUUGCACUAUCAAUGAGGAGUCUCGGAUCAAGUGCUAUGUUCUAUCUUGCAGCUGCAGUUUCUGACUUUUAUGUUCCAUGGGAGACCAUGACGGUGCAUAAAAUUCAGUCCCAGUCUGGUCCUCUGGACAUGCGGCUUGCUCAAGUCCCUAAGAUGCUCUCAGUGCUGAGGAAAGAUUGGGCACCAAUGGCCUUCUGCAUAUCAUUCAAGCUGGAGACGGACACAAAGAUUCUUCUGGAGAAGGCUGAUAUAGCCCUUGCAAAGUAUAAAAUGCAUAUGGUCGUGGCCAACGAGCUUUUAACCCGUAAAGAGGAAGUUAUAGUUGUCUCUAAGAGUGGAAAUAUCACAGUCCACCGAGACAAGAAUCAACCUGGUGCCGAUGUAGAGAGCCCAUUGAUCAAACUUAUCGUGGAACGACAUUCUGAAUAUAUAAAAGACUCGGGUUCAUGA